CCCACUGCCGCCCCAUGUUCCGCUCACGCCGCGCGGGGCUCGUGCGGCGGCUGUGGCAGCAGCGCUGUGCAACAGCGGGCCCUGAGGACGGCCCCAGCACCCUCAAACCAGCAGCUCAUGCCCUCUUCAAGAAGCUGAAGGAUGAGGAUCUGGAGCUGCUGGUGCUGGCAGUGGAGAGCCGGGGCGCUUGGGAGUCCAGCUGUGUUUGGGCACCACGGGGGGAUGCGCGAGGGGCCAAGCAGGGGCUCCCCCCUCAAGUCCUGCUCUGCCGCCUCUUCCGCUGGCCCGACGUUCACCAGCCCCAUGAGCUCAAGCACCUCUGCUACUGUGCUGGGCACCAGGGGGUCUGCGGGGACUUGGCUGCACUCUGCUGCAACCCCCACCACUUCAGCCGCCUGGCUGUACCUGAGACCCCACCACCCUCCUACUCGAAGGCAUCCUGUGGUCCCUCCUGGCCAGACGAGCCCCAGCACCCGGGCACUCAGCUCCUAGAGUUCAGCUGCAAAGGUGGGGACUGGCACGACACCAGCUUCUCACAGAGCACCAUCAAGGAUGGCUGCUGGUGCAAACUGGCUUACUGGGAGCACCGGACACGUGUGGGCCGCCUCUACGCCGUGCACGAAGCAUCAGUGAAUGUCUUCUGUGAGCUGCCAUGGGGCAGCGGGUUCUGCCUGGCCCAGCUGCCAGCUGCCCACCGCAGCCGUGCUGUCCGGCGGGCACGUGGCAAGAUCGGCCGGGGGCUGCUGCUGAGCCGGGAACCAGGCGGCAUCUGGGCCUACAAUCGCAGCAAGCACCCCAUCUUUGUCAGCUCGCCCACCUUGAGCCCCCCCGGGGCCUGCAGGCUUACUGUCCUCAAGGUGCUGCCUGGCUAUUCGGCAAAGGUGUUUGACUAUGAGCAGGUGGGGGGCAAAGGGGGCUGGCGGCUCCCCGGGGAGGGGCCCUCCGACCCCCACAGUAUCCGCAUCAGCUUUGCCAAGGGCUGGGGACCCUGCUACUCCCGGCAGUUCAUCACCUCGUGCCCGUGCUGGCUCGAGGCCGCCAGCCCGGCUGCGACGUAG